UCACCAGCACAAGAAGGUAUGGCAACAAGCCGUCCAUAUUGAGAUGCAUCAUCUCAUAGGUAUGCCAGAGCUGACAAUGACUGUGCAGCGCCUGAAGGAGAUGAAACAAAUGCAACGGGACCCAAUGGCGGCUUCGAAAGCACGUCGAGCCGAACGAAAAGCCGACGAAAAAUCCGGUUUAAUCACCAUCAAACCCCUGAAGCUCGAUUCUCAACCAGCCUCUUCUGGCAGCGGCGGAGGGUUUAAGAAGGGCGGAUUUAAGAGCGCAUUCGGCGGCCCCAAAGACGACGCCGUGCCUGUCAAAAGUAGCGGGUUUAAGAAAGCUUUCGAGAUCGAGGAGGGUUCUCAAUCUGAAAAGGUCUCACUCCAGGAGGAAAGUGAUACAGAGGAUGAAGGCUACGAAUACUACGAUCCUCGGCAGCCAACAGGCUGCCAGCCGGGCUGCCCAGGGCGAUAGGUUUGAAUGGCCAGAGGUGUUAAAAGGUGUUUGCAAACCCUUCCAAGGUC